CAUUUUAGCGGUAUUUUCGAUUAUUAAGCGCAGCGAUAACGGCAAAAACAGUGGUUCAAGUUGGGUAACCAGAUAACCAUAAUAGUCCGAAGCUCUGAUGAUCACUAGCGUAUAUUCCUCUGUUGACCACCAUGACCAUCGAACAUAUCCUAGUUCUGAUGUUAUCUGUGACGUCAGGAUUCAGCUACACAUGCGAGAAGACAGCACGAGUCUGUGAAACGUCACUGGUUAUUGAACAUUACUUAACAAUGAAUAAUCUUAGAAACCGAGCAGUAUAUUCAAAAGAGGGCAAACUAUACAAUUACAAAGUGACCAAUACAUCUCAGGCUGAACAGAUACCCGUCAACGAGAUCGUGACGGCAGACGGAUGGGAAUCAAGAAGAUUAAUAGUUGUAGCGAAUCGAACACUCCCAGGCCCUGACAUCAUUGUAUACGAAGGACAAACUGUGGUGAUACACGUAAAGAAUCAUUUACACUCAGACUCCGUCACGGUUCACUGGCACGGUUUACACCAAGAAAAUACCCCUUUUAUGGAUGGAGUCCCUUUUGUGUCCCAAUGCCCCAUUGAAUCGGGACAAACAUUCACAUAUAGAUUUAAGGCUUAUCCGCCGGGUACGUUUUGGUACCACUCUCAUGCAGGGUCUCAGCGAAUUAAUGGUUUGUUGGGUGCAUUUAUCAUCCGUAAAUAUGAGCCUAAUCCUUUUCCAGAACAUAUCAUGCAAAUUCAAGAAUGGAAUCAUGACUGGGACGCUGACUUGGGAUAUCAAUACAUGAUCAACAAAAUCAUAGAAAAUAGAACUAAAUAUAAACCUUCGCAAUCCACUGACGGUAGCUUCUUCAGCCUUCUUAAGGCACAAUCAGGGCUGGUCAACGGUAGAGGACGAUACUAUACAAACUUUGAAGAGAAAAUUCACAACGAGGCCCCACUGGAAGUUUUCCGGGUCACACAGGGUACCACCUAUCGAUUUCGUGUGAUCGGUGUAGGGGCUCUUUAUCCGUUCAGAAUUUCUGUUGAUGACCAUAUCAUGACAAUUAUAGAGUCAGAUGGAUAUCCUGUGCAGCCCACCAUUGUUGACUUUUUCAUUAUUAACCCUGGCGAGCGAUAUGAUUUUAUAAUCGUAGCAAACCAGUCGGUUGGAAAUUAUUGGAUUCGAGGGAAAACUUUGGAAGUUACUCGAAUAACAGUCGCUGAAGCUAUUUUAAGAUAUCACGGAGCGCCCGAGGAAGAUCCCACGACAACUCAAAAACAAUGCACAGCAGAAAAUAUAUGCAUUGUCUUAAAUUGUCCUUUUACCUAUUUUCCUGAAAACGAACACAUGGAAUGUUUUCGGUUUGAUCACCUUCGGGCGGCAGCGUCGGACGAUCCAGCUCCCCCUGCUAUUGAAGGAAAGUUUCAGGAAUAUUUUUUGAAUUUUGCUUUUCCGGGCAUCGAUACCUUUCCAGGAUCUGUCAAUGGCAGGUCGUUAGAAUUACCCACCGUGUCUGGUCUAACACAACCACAAGAAAUCAAAUCUCAAUGUGAACAGGCAGGGUGUGGGGAACAGAAACUAUGUAACUGUACGCAUUCCAUAAGUCUGCGUCAUGGCGACACAAUUCAAAUGGUGUUCUUAAACAUGGGUGUAGGCUCGGGAUGGGCGCAUCCAGUACAUAUGCACGGGCAUUCUUUUUAUGUUUUGAAAAUGGGUUACCCAACAUAUAAUGAAAGUACUGGUGAAAUUAUAUCACAAAAUGCAGACGUUGAUUGCAGAGGUGGUGUGCCUCAACAGAAAAGUUUCUGUAACGAUGCUACCUGGAGGAAUGGAUCUUGGCGGAACGGAAAUGUGCCUGGUUUAGAGCUUCAGAACCCACCUCGUAAGGAUACAGUUAUUGUCCCUAGCGGAGGUUAUGUUGUGGUGAGAAUCAAGGCCAAUAACCCUGGAUUGUGGAUAAUGCACUGCCAUAUUGAACUCCACUCUUCUAAUGGAAUGGCUAUGCUUCUUAACGAAUCUUUUCCACGUCUCCCUAAAAGUCCUUCAAAUUUCCCAACUUGCAGAAAUUUUGAAUUAACCGAUACCUUGGAAAUUGAUAAGAAUGACAUCACUAUUCCAGAGAUACAAGAAGAUACAAUCCCUAUGGAUAGGUUCUACGUAGUUGUUGUCGUUCUGGCGGGAAUUGUUCUCUUGCAGUUCCUGGUUAUUAUAAGCAUGCGCAUCUCAUCAAAAAGGAGUAAAUCCGGAGAUGGAGACAGAGAAAAAUAUCAAACUGGCGAAACAAAUUCUGCUUUUAGUUCAGAGAGCGAUAUAGAGAAAAAAACAGCCAAAGAGACUCAGAGUGAAAUCGAGGGAGGCUCAACACAUUUUUAAAAAUAACAUUGAGAAACACACUAUUAGCUGUCAUAUAACUAUUUAAGCAUGUUUUUUUCUCGUAUACGAAUUCUAUACAUUUAAGGAAGCUAGCUCCUGAGCUUUUGAGUAUAACUGCGCAGGAUGCUACAACUAAGUAUUCACUGGUUCAAUACUGAUCCCAUUGGUGCAAACAUAUUACACAUUUAUUAAUGAACCCUAUCCAGUUGAAAUUUUUUGUGUCAAUUCAAAUUUUGAAAUGGUUUGGCAGGGACUAUAUUUUGUGGCGGAAGGAUUUAUUAAUCAAAAAGUUCUCAUUCUGCAUAUUACAGUUUCUGUUUCAUCCAAUGUAUCUUUUAUUCUUAUACCCCUAUACAUGUAUUUCAGUUAUAUGAUUUAUGAUACAGGUAGUUGAGACAUGGAACUAGUUCAAAUGUUGUAAUUUAUUAACUUGGUUGAUAUAUUUUUCCAAGCAGAACACCGAUUCUUAAAAAUGUUUUAAUUUAUUCACUCGGAAUUUUGUAUAAAAAUUCAGUAUUUUUGCCAAUAAUUAAGAAAUUUGAUCUCCUAAUCCCACUUUUUUAAUUUGUAAGACCAGACCUUGGAAAUUGUGUAAAAUUUUAGAAAUUGAUAAACCAUCAAUUUUGAUAUCAUGAAGUUUUUCGUAUAUCAAGUGCAAAAAGGUCAUUAUUUAUUUCCAUUACUAAUAUUAAUUUAUUAUUUUCAUCUGUAGUGUUAGAAGACAUGAUUGUGUAUUUAUUUUAUGUAAUGAUUGAUUUGUGUUCCUUAUGUUGUGUUGACACCAACAGAAAUGUCAAGUUUAAUUGAAUAAAUUUCAAGUGGAAAAAGGUCAUGUUUAGAACACUAUAGCUCAAUAACAAU